AGGAAAAGGUGGAGCUUAAAGCUGAAGUCAGUAGACCAGAUGCAGCGUGGGGCAAUGGAGGAACCAGUGGGUGUCUCUGUUUUGCUGGGGAGUGUUCUUAGAAGCACAGCAGCUGGGUUUGCCUUUGCAGAGGCCUCCUCAUUUGCUCUGGAGCCAGUCCUAAGUGAUGACCCUACUCUGCUCCCUAUUGCAGUUCAGGCUGCCAGUCGGGCUGGAUCCACUGGAGUUGGGGUCAUAACCUCCUGUCUAUUAUGCACCUCAAUGCUUAUUUCUCUAGGAAGUGGCUUUCUACUCGCUGCCAUGGUGACAAAGCUACUAAAACGUAUUGGAUCUGAUAUACCAUGGCUGACUGCACUGACAACAUCAGUUUCUUUAAUAUUCGGAGCAGCUAUUACAGGGGUAUUAUGGGGUCUACUUCCACUGGGGGUGUACGUCAUAGUUCAAUUGAUUUUAGUAGUCGCAGUGUUCUUCUACUCUAAUAUAAAUCAACUGACACAAGCACUGUCCAUAAUUUUUGUCACCUUCUAUGUCAGUGUCUACUAUGGAAGAAUGGGUGUCUUACUUGGACUUUUUCUCACCGGAGUAACCAUCUCUUUCCUAUGCGCUCUUCGGAAAGCCCUGACCGAAAGAAUGGCGCCCAGACCCAAAUGCGUGACUGAAUGCGAAUUACUGGAGCGUGUAUUUUUUUACUCAGUUGUAGUGGGAAUACUUGGGUUUGGUGUGGGGUUAGGAGCAGGUGAACUGGAGGACAGCUCAGAAGCAGAAAUGGUAAUUAUGAUAGAGUCUGUCCUUUGGGUGGCCUUUCUGUCAGCAGGUAUAUUAGGAGCAGGCCUGGGGACAGUGGCCAUGGUUGAUGUGGGGACAGAGAUGGCUGGAAACAUAGCAAUUGUGACUUCUGUUUUGUCAGCAAUUGCACUAAGAGCCAUCUGGAACAAUGUGCCAAGUCUAGGAGCAAGAGGCAGCACUGGGGGAAUAUUAGGAGUCACUGUAGUUGCAGCAGUAUCACUUUCAGCUGCAAGUGUUGCGGCAAAAAAAGUGUAUGAUUCAAGAUUUUCAUUUUUAACAACUAUUACUUCAGUUGCUGUUGGAGUAAUUGCAGCUACUAAAGUACUGACCUCUCCUCUAACGGGGACAUCAGAACUCACUACAGUCAUCCUUGUUUCAAUGGGGUCAUAUGUCCUUGGUGCACCAAAAAGCCCAUUCAACACCAAGAUACAACUCCGCCAGGGACUUUUCACAGGACCGGAGCUGCUUAAAAAGAUUGGCAUGGAAACCGUCUCCGCGGCAGCAGCACCGUUUGGAGCUGGGGCCCUGGGAGUGGCAGUGUUAGGUACAGCUGCUCUGGGGAAGCUUGGGACUGUAGGGGUGUUAUUGGCCUUAGCACUGGCUUUGGGAGGUACAUUGUUAGGUAUGUUAGGGAGAUCAUUACCUGCACCUGCAGAAAGGGAAAAUGCACAGUGAAUGUGUCUGUACGUCUUAAAAUUUUGGGUUGUUGAUUCAGUCUAAGAAAAUAAAAUGUGCCUAUAUUAGUGAUUAAAACUGUUAUUCUAAAUUAUCUAUUGUGUUGUUUGCCUAGGAUGUUUGAUUUGUUUUCUUUUAUUGCUAUACUUUGGUGUUGUUUCGUUCUUACAAUCGCCAUAAAUAAAUAUUAUAAAUAUACAUAUUCAGGAAAGAACAUGCCAUUACAAGGCCACGGUACACGGUCCAAUCACUACUGAUAUACAUAGGUCUAAAUGUGCAAACAAUUACUGUAAAAAGCUUUACUCAAUAAAAUUUGUUUUCUUUUGCAGAAGUGGCUGUUAAGAGUGUUAUAUGUGGCCCUCCUCUCACCUCCUCAUGAGUCGUAUUGCCUCUUUUCCCAAGAUGUGAGUGCAAGGUACUUUGGUUUCAGCUUAGCAACAGUAACAGAGUAGAGGCAGACUGGGGGAUGAGUGGGAGGAGAGGAGAGUCAUAACAUCAGAAGACGAGAGAGAUUCAUGGUGAUCAGACCUAUGUAAAUAUUUCAACAGUUUGUUCAGUUAGGACUAUUGCUUGAUAAGGCAGCAGGUAUGGAUCCACAAUUUUGGAUAAAGAUUUUGGAGGCUUGGAAAGACAGUCUUGGAGAUGACACACAACACUUAUUUCAAAAAUGUAAUCUUUUUGAGGAAACGUGUAUAAAAUCCAGUGAAUUUCUUAGGAUGCUUUUGUGAAUGACAUGCUGUAUAUUUUUAUUAAGUUAUUUUGAAAAUGGAGCACACGUGGAACUUAACUUUUCUUUUUAAAGUAUUGUAAAGCAGUAUUGGCCUACCUGCGGAUUACUUACUUGAAAAAAAACAACAACAAAAAAAACACAAUGGCAGUAGAUCGGGUCCAAACGGCGCACAGGGGUCAGUCUGUGGAGUUCUCUGCGGAGUAUUCUGUCCAGAUUUCCGGGGAUAACGAUGCACGUGGCCGGGCUCGGGCUGGAGGGGUCAUCGUGUCCGAGACCCGGUGCUGCCACUGCGUCCCGCGCGCCGUGCGUCUCACCUUUACGCCCGACUCACUGGAGAGACUUUACCAAAGCUACUUCUGCCGGCAGAGACAGAAAAGUCUGCUGGUUAUGGUCAUGUUUGCCGCGCUUUUCAACAGCUUCAUCAUCAUCAUGUGCGCUGUUGUUUAUACACAGGACAAAGUGGCGAUGAUAGUGGUAGCGGCGGUGGGUUUAGCCGCAGACAUAGUGCUUUAUAUUUUGUGUUACUUUGAAAAACUUCCCACAUCACCUGUUCUACGCGGGGCAGUGCCAUACAUUCUGUGGCUUAUGAUAAGUGUGCACGUUCUGUGUUACUUGGGGCUAAACUAUGAGCCAGCCCCUCACGCCAGUAACUCUGUGGGAUGGCAGGCCUUCUUCACCUUUUCCACCUUCCUGACGCUGCCGCUGAAGCUCGUGCCGCUGCUUCUGCUCAGUGCCGUCUCGUGUGGGGUGCACGUGCUCGUGCAGGGGGUCACUGUGGCCCAGAGGUUCAACGAGGACCUGCAGGGGGCUGUGCUGGUCAGACAGCUUCUAGCUGAUGUGAUGCUGUACCUGUGUGCGGCCACAGUGGGGGUGAUGUCAUACUACAUGGCGGACAGGAAGUACAGGACAGCUUUUCUUGAGGCACGCCAAUCACUGGAGGUCAAACUAACGCUGGAGGAUCAAAGCACUCAGCAGGAGGAGUUAUUAUUGUCUAUUCUGCCUAAACACAUCGCUGAUGAGAUGCUACAGGGCAUGAAGAACCAGGCUGAUCAGAAGGAGGUGCAGAGACAGCAGCAGUUUAAUACUAUGUACAUGUACCGCCAUGAAAAUGUUAGUAUCUUAUUUGCAGAUAUUGUAGGCUUCACCCAGCUCUCCUCCACCUGUAGUGCUCAGGAACUUGUCAAGCUUCUUAAUGAACUGUUUGCUCGCUUUGACAAACUGGCUGCACAACAUCACCAAUUAAGGAUUAAAAUUCUUGGGGACUGUUACUACUGCAUCUGUGGUCUUCCAGACUUCAGAGAGGACCAUGCUGCCUGCUCUAUCAAUAUGGGCCUAUCCAUGGUAGAGGCUAUAUCGUAUGUACGAGAAAAGACUCAAACAGAUGUGGACAUGCGAGUAGGAGUCCACACUGGCACUGUGCUGGGCGGGGUCUUGGGGCAGAAGCGCUGGCAAUUUGAUGUCUGGUCAACUGAUGUUACUGUGGCCAAUAAGAUGGAGUCUGGAGGUAUUCCUGGGAGAGUGCACAUUUCCCAAAGCACAAGGGACAGUUUGAAUGGAGAGUUUGAGAUGGAGCCCGGUAAUGGGGGCGAGAGGUGUGAGUAUCUGAUGGAAAAAGGCAUUGAAACAUACCUGGUCAUAGUGCCAAAAGACAAAGCAAAAGGACUAAAUGAAAGUAAACCAAGAACACUGGCAAACCAAAAUUCAAACCAGUUGAUAAACACUACAUCAAGCAAUGGAACAACAGCAUCUCCCCAGGCAAUGGCAGAUACAAAACAUGAGUCUCAAAGGGUUAAAUUUGUUGAGGAGCAAGUGAUUAACAGACGUCUACAGCAGGAGCUCCUAGAGAGAGAAACACAGCAAAUAAUGAAAGAAAACAAGUUCAACCCUCUGUCGUUAAGCUUUGUGGAUGGAAAGCUAGAGGAGCACUACUCAUCAGAGAAAGAAAAGAGGAGUGGAGCAGCCUUUUCCUGCUGUGCCAUGGUGCUUUUCUUCAUCACAGCCAUGCAGGUUUUAAUAGACCCACUGUUGGGUGUAAACUAUGUAACUUUUGUUGUUGGAGAGGUUUUACUGCUUAUCCUUACUGUCUGCUCCCUUGCUGCGGUCUUCCCCAGGAUGUUCUCAAAAAGGCUGGUGUCUUUCUCUUUAUGGAUUGAUCGAACACGCUGGGCCAGGAACACAUGGGCCAUGGCAGCCAUCUUUGUUUUGACCAUGACUGUGAUUGCUGAUAUGCUCAGUUGUGCUCCUCCAUCACUCCGCCUUCUCAACAGCUCUACUGGUUUGGUGUUGGAGGCUGUAGGGGACAGAGACUGUGCAAAAAAUCCCAAACACUAUAGCUUCAUGGCAGUCAUGUCCCUUAUUGCCACGGCGAUGUUAGUGCAGGUCAGCCACCUGAUCAAACUAGGCCUCAUGGUGCUGGUUGUCACAGCUACAGGAGCGGUGAAUAUCUACAGCUGGAGUGACCUUUACGAACUUUAUGAUUUGAUACAGUUUGAAAGUUACAGAACAUCUAUUGUGCCGACCAAGUACCUUAUGACUAUGAUGAUAAUAGUUAUGAUGAUUGGCUUUUACUUUUUUGCUCGUCAUUUAGAGCAUCAGUCUAGGAAGCUGUUCCUGUGGAAAAUUGGUGUUCAUGAACAAAAGGAAAAAGUCUUUGAAAUGAGACGUUGGAAUGAAGCACUGGUCACCAACAUGCUGCCAGAGCAUGUAGCCAAACACUUCCUAGGCACAAAGAAGAGAGAUGAGGAGUUGUACAGCCAGUCAUAUGAAGAAAUCGGCGUGAUGUUUGCUUCCAUCCCCAACUUUUCUGACUUCUACACAGAAGAGAGCAUCAACAAUGGAGGCCUUGAGUGCCUCAGAAUUCUUAAUGAGAUCAUUUCAGACUUUGACAGCUUGUUAGAUCGAGAUGAAUUCCGCUGUAUAACUAAGAUCAAGACCAUAGGCAGCACCUACAUGGCAGCUUCAGGUCUCACCACAGAAAGUAUCUCAGAUGGAUACAACAGUCUGAAGGCUGAAGAGCCCUCAUUGAUUCAGCGCUGGCAACACCUUGCUGACCUGGCUGAAUUCGCCCUGGCAAUGAAAGUCACACUCAACAACCUUAACAAACAGUCUUUUAACAACUUCAUGCUUCGAAUAGGUCUCAAUAAGGGUGGAGUGCUGGCUGGUGUGAUUGGGGCACGUAAACCUCACUAUGACAUCUGGGGCAACACAGUGAAUGUAGCCAGCAGAAUGGAAUCCACAGGAGUCAUGGGAAACAUCCAGGUGGUGGAAGAUUGCUAUAAAAUACUUAAAGAAUAUGAUUUUCGGUUUAUACGAAGAGGAUCAAUUUAUGUCAAAGGAAAAGGCGAACUACUUACUUUUUUCAUGAAAGGCAGAGAUAAGCCUGCACAAACCAAUGUUCCAGUCUCUACUGCUCUACCACACCAAGUGGUAGAUAUUUCUUGAUUUGAAGCCAUUAGCAUAUGGAUACAUUGUUUUAUCAUUUAUAUUCAUAUUAUGGCGUCAAACAACAUAUUAAAAUAUGUUGUAUGCAGUCUGCUACUUUUUCUAUAGGGGUCCAGCUUGUGGGUCAGCCAUGUUUUGCAUAAUUAAACAGGUCAUUAGAUCAUU